AUGGCGUCGACAUUUGUUAGAACCGGCAAAAAGGUGGAUAUUGUAGCCAUUGGCAGAAAUUAUGCUGCUCACGCAAAGGAACUCAACAACGCACCACCCAAAGAACCUUUCUUCUUCUUAAAGCCCACCACCAGCUACCUGCCAUCUGGAGGAAAAGUCGAAAUACCACGCGGAAUCGUCGCACAUCAUGAAGUGGAGCUUGGACUCGUCAUUGGCAAGCCAGGCAGGGACAUAUCGCAAGCAAACGCCGAGUCGCAUAUUGCAGGUUACAUAUCAACUCAGGCUCAUCUCGCUCGUUGUGUUUGCCAAGCAUUGGCGGUAGAUAUGACGGCACGCAACCUGCAGGAAAAGGUAAAGAAGCAAGGUUUGCCUUGGUCCACCGUGAAGGGAUUUGAUACCUUCACGCCCAUUGGGGCAUUCAUUUCCAAGAGUGCGAUUUCGGACCCCCACGACCUAAGAUUACAGCUCAAGGUAAACGGUAUCUUGAAACAAGAUGGUACAACGUCAGAUAUGAUUUUCCGCAUCCCCCGUGUCAUUGAGCAUGUUUCAUCAAUCAUGAAGCUGGAAGUUGGUACCGAAGUUCCUCUCCCUAGCUUGAUUGACACCUGUUUACAGGACGGCGACCUCAUUUUAACGGGAACACCAUCGGGUGUAGGUCCCAUAGUUCCUGGUGAUAGAGUGGAGUGUUCCUUGGCGAACGCGGCCGGCCAAGAACUCUUGACCCUUGACUUCACCGCUGUUGCACGAGAAGGAGGUUAUCGCUUCCAAGAAGACUAA